AUGGUUUCAUUUGCAUGUCCAAACAGAUGGUUAAAGUACGAAAAUAAAUGCUACUACUUUAGCGAUGAGGAAAAAACGUGGGACCAAGCUAGGCUGACGUGCGAGUAUAAUAGAAGUAAGCUAGUAGAAGUCGGUUCUAGUUGUGAAAACGACUUUGUGAAGAUGACAGCAGCUGUAUAUGACAAAUCUUACUGGCUAGAUGGAAGUGACAGACAAAGUGAAGGUUCUUGGAUGUGGGUCAGUAGUCUAACAAAAUUUGCAUUUGCUGAUUGGUAUGCAACAGAACCAAGUAACCAUGCAGGGGAAAAUUGUUUUCGCAUCACGAUGCACUUAGACUUCCAAUGGGGGGAUGCCUUAUGUAGCGCCCAACUCAGAUUCAUAUGUGAAAAAAGGUCGAGUAAUUGA